GGCCCGGGCGGCCGCGGAGGGCGGGCGGCCGCGAGCAUGGAGCGCGAGCUGGAGGAGCUGGCGGCGCGGCCCGCGCUCCCGGCCGAGCCGCCCUUCCAGGCGCUGGUGGAGGCGGCGGGCGGCCGCGGGCAGGUGCUGCUGGUGGGCGAGCUGUGGGAGCGCGAGCAGAGCCGCGCGCUGCUGCGGGACUUCGCCCGGGCCGUGUUCCCGCCCGAGCCGGCCGCGGGCAAGCCGGGCGGCGCGGGGGCCGGGGCGCCGGGGGCGCGGGGGGCGCCGGGGGCGCGGGGGGCGCAGGGGGCGCCCGGGCCGGCGGGGGCGCGCGCCAUCCGCUCGCCGCUCGUCUUCGUGCUGUGCCGCGCGUCCUCGCUGACCGCCCGGGAGCCGCGGCGCCGCCUGCGGGAGAUGCUGCGGGACGUGCGCGGCCGCCGGCGGGCGGGCGCGGCGCUGGUCGGGGUGCUGGUGGCCGAGGCCGGCCCGGAGGACGCGGCGGCGCCCGGCUUGCGGCUCCUGGAGGCGCUGCUGCGCGCGGUGUUCGGCCGCCAGGCGGGGGGCCCCGUGCAGGCGGCCGCCUACUGCCCCGGCCACCCGGCCUCCAGCCUGGCCGUCCAGGCGGCCGCCUGCAGGGCGCUGCAAGCCGCCGGGCCCGCGCGACCAGCAGCAGGACCCUGGGAGAGACCGGGCCUCCCAGCACUGCUGGCAUGCUUUUCCUGGGGUCCCUGGAGCCGGGGGAAGGAUCCAGAUGCCACCUCCCCCAGUGAUCCAGCUCAGGAUCAUCUCCAGGAUCCUGAGGAGGAGAUGUCACUGACAGCUAUAUGUCCCAACGGAGACUGUGAGGACCCUGGGAAGGGGUCGAGAGCCUGUGAUGGACUUGUCCAUACUCCUGCUGAGCCCACUGGAGACCCGAGAUGAAGGCUGGGCUCCUGGGCUACCCUCACUCUAACCUGCACACUGGGGACUGGCUCUUUCUCACCGAGUUCCCUUGCCUCUAUGUUGACCUUGGAAUGUUGUAACUACACAGAGGCCCCACCUGUCAGGGGCUGCUGCAUUGAACCAGCUAGGGAAACUUACUUUCCUGGAACCUGCCCCCCACCUCAUAUUUGCUCACUCUCUGAUCACAGUGAGGUUAUUUGGUCUUUCUGGACCUCGGUCUUUCUAUACCAUUGGGACAGAUGGCUGUCUACUUUGAGGUUUCAUGGUGCUGUGGCAGCGCAUGGUGUGUUGGCAUGAGCAUCCAUCAUUUCAAGUGCAACUGGAAAGAACUCUGGAUCAGCUGUCAUCAGAUCAGGAAAGGGUGGGGAGCUUAGACCUGUCAUUGAACCUUUGGGGCUUCUGUUUCAUACACUUGAGGGACUAUGAGCCCAGGGGCUCUCAACCCAGGGCCAGACUGCCGCUCCAGGUAGCCCUGGAAGCUUGUGUAUGCAUGUGUGAGUUUGAAAGUAUAAGUGUGUGUGUGUGUGUUUGUGUGUGUAUUGGGAGGAGGGUUACUGUGACUGUGAGGUGCUCCUGGAACUUAGUGAGCUUCUCACAACGUACAGGACAGACUCCAACAGCAAAGACUUAUUCCACCCAAAUUGCCCAUCAUGGCACCUUUGAGAAACUCUGGAUGAGCCAAUCUCUUCUCUCCGAAAUUCUAGGAAGUCCCCAUCCCCCACCCCAGCAGAGAGGGUUGGGCUUCCUGAGAUCUUGGCUGCCAGAGCAAGCUGGAAUAAAAGACUGCACUGCUGCCCUGGGGACCUAUUGGGUCAAAGCCAAGACAUCCACAUGCUCUGCAUGGCCUCUUUCUUCCUCAUGUUGACAUUGACUUUCUGUGCCAAAUCCUUUGAGAAUAAGGAUCCUGGGAACUGCCUCCGGCACCAAACAAGAAAGGUAGGGGUAUGGAUUAUAAGGAUGUGGGCCUUUAUCUCAAUCUCAGGCCCUUGUCCAAGGUCAAAGCAGACCCAACCCAGAAGUGCCAAGUUCCUGAAUCCUUUUUUCUCUGUUUAUGAGUCAGACAGGGUCGAUGAUAUAUUCCCUUAAAAACCAGGAAAGCCAUCUGUUCACUUAUAGAAGGAAUUCUGCAUUACCUCUCUUGCCUUCCUCUCCUACCCCUGGAGAAAUGCGGUCUUUGGAAUGGCAAGAGCAGCUCCUGAUUUUCCUUGGUAGGAAGUACUGUCUAAGGGAAGUAGCUAGAUUCAUUCAUUAGUGCAUGAUUUGCUCAGCGGACAUGCAGUUGGGCUACUAUCUACCCAGGAUUCUAUAAGGUGCUGCAUACCUUCCAGUAGUUAUGUUGGCUUUCAUCUCUGAUACCAAAAUGUGGAAUUGGAAACCUGUGGCUGAGGGGCCAUGUGAUAUCAAGGAGGGUCCCUCCUGGCUCUGUGCUUCAAUUUAUUCUUCAUAAUAUGCAGCCUGGUUCUAUCCUUUCUCUGCCUGGUGGGGAUAGUGUGAAGGCAGGCAGGGUGACAUCUUAUUUGGGGUUGGUUAGUAGCAGGUGUCAUUCUAAUAAUGCAAGGCUGUCUUACCAAUAGGUAGACCUGGCUGACCUCCUACACAUGAAUGAGCUCAAAGAAUUACCACUGAUUUUGUUUUAAAAUGGGGAAACUGGUAUUUUUGAAGCUGCUAUAUUUUUCUAUUUCUCUGUUAAUUUCUUUGUAAUAAUUGGGUUGGAGUCUUAUUAUUUGGUGGGGGGAGGGAGCUUUUAUUAAGGUAGGAAAUUAUAUAAGGCAGAAGUUAUAAGGCACAGUCUCUGCUGUGUUUAAAAUCCUUUUGUAUUUGUUGCCAGUAUUUGAAACUUGAGAGAUUGCGUGUUAAAAAAGCUGGUUUUCUGGGUGGAGGAUGGGGCAUGCCAUUAAGUCUGGUUUGCUGUAAUCCCCCUGCCCUGGAACCCUCCUCCCACCCAUCUAAUCCACCCCACCACUGUACUUCACUCAUCUAUGCCACCUGCCUGGUCCUGGUGGACAUUUGAGUUUACAAACCUGUGGCAUAAAGUGUGGUAUACAUAUUUUCCAUUACUAUCAGUUUCUCUGGUGACUAGUUGAAGAGAGAAGGUCUUUACUGAGAUUUGUGUUCUGCUUCCCAACUGGGAAACAUGGGACUGAGAUACUUUGGGACCCAGGUUGGCUUUUUCGACACAUGGCAAAGAUAACCAUGAUCUUUUUAGGAAUAAUCUGGUUGAUUUUUUUUAGCAGACAGAAGAGUUAGGUGCUGGAAGGGAUGACCUUGGUGGUAGGUCUCUUCCCCAAGGACUCUCAGAAGGCAUGAAGAUUGGGGUGCCUCCAGGCAAGUCACAGUCGGGGCUGGUGCAUAUUAAUCCUUCUAACAUGGCAGUAGUUGUGCUGCUUCUGACUUGGAUCAAUAAUUCCUUGUGUCUAAUAAAACCGAAUAGUACCUCAUUGCUGUCAAAUCAAACCAGAAUGGAUCUUCCCCUUUAUUCCCAUAAAGUGUAACCUGCAGGGGUCCUUGGGAACAGGGUGCCUGGGCAAAAGGCAGGAACUUCUGGAAUAGUUUGGCCUAAAGGACUUCCAGUCCUGCCCUGGGUGACAUCUCCACAACUCUAUUGGCUGGAAUGGGAAAACAUGUAGCUCGAAAGUAAAUGUUGAAAAGAGAUUUUUUUCAAAGAUAGCUUUUAACUUGGUGUUUAAGAGGAUGUGUGUGUUUGUGCGCACACGGACGAGCACGUUUAACGAGAUAAAAUGGCCUUGCCUAAGUCUCAGAGGGCCCUUAAUAAUAUUUGUCUCAUGUCUCUCUCAAAGUAUUUGUCUCCAAGAUUGACCACACAAGAGGAGUCCUUUGGUUGUCAAACCAGGAACAGGGCAAACCUGCAAAAGGGCCAAGCGCCAAGGCCCCCAAACCUGUGUGCUCUAAACCAGCCCCCCUUGUCCCAGACAAAGAACCCAGGAUGCAAGCUCGGAAAAGGCGAUGACCGCCUUAUUAAUCUGAUGGCAGUCUACCCUUCAAAGGUACCACGCCGCGGGGCUGGUUCCCUGUGGCUGGGAGGCCUGCACUUUGUCCUGUUUGAAUGGCAAACAUUACCAGGGUGGUGAAGAGAGUCUUUUGUUUUGUACCCAAGGGCUGCACAACCCCCUUCUGACCUGGUUUUGUGUGUUAGUGGAUCAAGGAUUGGGACAGACCUUAGCUUGUGUAAUCUUAGAGUUCAAAGGAAACCAGGUUCCAGGCAGGGUGGCUGACCAGGAUCCUGCAUGAAUUCCUCAGAUGCCUUCGGCCCCGGAGCCAGAGUACUCUGGUUGUGUUGUACCUGGAGCUGCCUAAUUGGGAGCAAAAACAGAGGCUACCCUCUGGGCCAUGCUGUGGUUCAUGGUCCAAAGGGACCACGGUGUGGAAUUGGUCAGGUCCAGAGUCGGCCCUGGGCACCAGGGUCGCUGUGCGUCCAGGGCUUUGGCAAGGGCAAGAGCCCUGUCUGGCUUCCUCCCUGAGCUCCCCAGCCAGCAUUCCUGCUGCGGGUGCAGACCCAAGCCUGACUGGUGAAAUUCAGAGACCCUCAGGUAGGAGUUCAGAUGAUCAGUCAUAAGUCAGGCUUGUUCUGCUCUGCACAUAUUUGGAGCUUAGUCCUUGUGACCAAGCCCUCAUUUGGAGUCCUGAUUUCCAGGUCUCUUGUCUGGCUGCCCUGUGUUUCUUCUUUCCUUCACUGGUUAAUGAGGCCUUCUCAGAUCAUUACCUCAACUCCAGACUACCCUAACCACCUGCCAUCCCACGUAUACUGCCCACUCCAGGACCCCUGGCUACCAGAGCAGCCACUUCAAGCCCCUUGCUUCCUGGCAGGAGGGGGUCUCACUGUUAGCCUCUGCUCCUCAGUCUCAUCUGGUUCUUUGGUUCUUCACGUGCCAGCACCAAAGAGCAGGGCCAGACCUGAAUGGGGAGGUCAGAGGGAACAAGGCCUCUGGGUAGGUCUAGACCGGCCCUAAGAGAAAUCUAACAUCAGGCAUAUAUAUAGGUUUAAAUUUUCAAGUAGCCACAUUAGAAAAAAAUAAUAAAACCAAUGAGAUGUAAUUAUUUUAUUUAGCCCAGUAUGUCCAAAAUAGAUAAUACUUCAACUUAAAUAUACAAAAAUUUUUAAUGUGGGCAGCCCGGGUGGCUCAGAGGUUUAGCGCCGCCUUCAGCCCAGGGUGGGGUCCUGGAGACUGGUGAUCGAGUCCCAUGUCAGGCUCCCUGCAUGGAGCCUGCUUCUCCCUCUGCCUGUGUCUCUGCCUCUCUCUCUCUCUCUCUCUCUCUCUCUCUCUCUCUGUCUCUCAUGAAUAAAUAAAUGAAAUCUUUUUUUUAAAAAAUUUUUAUGAGACAUUUUGCAUCUUUGAAAUCCUGUGAGACUUUUACCAU